AUGAGCAUUCAAAAAAUUCUAUCGCCAUUGUUAAAGAUAAGUUAUAUUUGCGGUUUAAGAUUGAUAGAAUUGCCUGCAAGUGCCCCGAUGAGGUGCUCACGAUCGUUCGGUCUUUUGUAUAUAUUGUCAUUGUGGACAGUUUAUUAUUUCUUUUAUAUAUAUGGAGUAAUGCCUUAUGUAAUAGAUUACUCCAUUCUGUACCAUGUAUGGUACGUAGGAUUGAAACUUGAUCAAAUCAAAGAACACGUUCAGAAAUUAACGAAAAAUAAUAAAUGUAUAGGAAACCGGACUCGGGAACAUCCGAUAUUACUUUUUCAAUCUAAAUGUGCAAGAAUUUUAGAAAGCAGAUAUAUGAUAUGGAUUGUAAUACAUCUUUAUUCCGAAAUGCGUAAAAUAUACCGCAUAAUAAAUUCAAUUUUCGGAGCAUUAAUGACUUUGGAAAUGGGAUGUGCCUUCGCAUGUGUAGUGUUGAAUUCUCAAGAAAUAUUUCAUAUAAUAUAUUUCAAUGAUUAUACCUUUAAUCAUAGAACAGUCUUUACUUCUUCAAUGCUACUACAGUUUUUGUUAGAAAUUUUUUUAAUUGUUUUCUUUAAUUACGAAUGUGAAAAAGUUAGCAUCAAGGCAAAUGAAACAGGAAAUUUUAUAAGUAAAUUAUUACAUUCCAAUUGCGAUGUCGAAAUUCAUGAAAAUAUUCUACAAUUUUUACUUAUGAUUCAAUCGCCAUUGAAAUUCUGCGGACUUGGAUCCUUUCAGUUUGGUUUCAAAUUUCUUCAAGGAUUCACUGCAUCUAUGGCUACUGUUUUAGUUAUAUUAAUACAAGCACAUACAAAUAAAAACAGUUUUACAGACUUAUAA